AAUACAGAAUUUUUUUUUUUUUUUUUUGAAAAAGGGGCGGCUUACAAGAGCAGUAGAGUUUCAGAAAAAAGUAAGAAAAUAUUUGUUGGGCUCUAUUUCGGCGUCACAUGCAAAAGAGAAAGCAGUGAUACUUGUGUAAGCCAAUCAUAACUACACAUUUGGGCCCAUAAACUGAUUGAAAACCUCAUACGACCUCGUUUCACCUGAAUGUUUUCACUCAAUAAAAUCAAAACGCCAUUAUUAAAACGCAAAUCGCGACAAGGAGCGUUUCCACUAAGACCGAAAAAAAUGGAGACAGUAGGAGAAGCGACGCCGAGAGUCGCCGUGGUGGUUUUCGUCGUCAAAGGAAACUCGGUGUUGUUAGGGAAGCGCCGCUCAUCAAUCGGCAACUCCACCUUCGCUCUCCCCGGCGGUCACCUCGAAUUCGGAGAGAGCUUCGAAGGAUGCGCAGCGAGAGAAGUGAUGGAAGAAACGGGGCUUGAGAUAGAGAAGAUGAAGCUCUUGACUGUCACAAACAACGUCUUCAAGGAAGCUCCGAAGCCAUCUCACUACGUCACUGUGUUCAUGCGUGCGACGCUUGUGGAUCCGAAUCAGGACCCGGAGAAUAUGGAGCCUGAGAAGUGUGAAGGGUGGGACUGGUACGACUGGUUCAAUCUCCCGACGCCUUUGUUUUGGCCGCUUGAGAAAAUGGUCAACAGCGGUUUCAAUCCUUUUUCUGAUUAAGUUCUGCAAGAUGGGCAUUUGGUCCAAAAGAAUUAAAGACUAUUGCAUAACAUGUUUUUUUUUCUUCUGUGUAAUGGAUUUUAUUUAAGGGAAAUAGGGAUGUAUAGCCACAAAAAAAACAAUAAUUAAGUAACUAACUAAAAAAUAAAGUACCUCCAUUAUUUUUAUAAUAUA